AGUACACAUGUCGAGGAUUAUCUAACAAAUGUAUCCGGUCGUCAUGGCGAUGUGACGGUGAUCGCGACUGCCCGGAUGGCGAUGACGAAACUAGUUGCCCUCCAGGUUCACCCAAAACGUGUGCAAGUGGGAUGUUCAAGUGUAAGAACAAAAAAUGCAUCCUGGGACACUGGCGAUGUGAUGGAGAGGAUGACUGUUCUGAUGGCAGCGAUGAAUUAAACUGCCAUAUCAACGAAUGUCUUGACAGUAACGGUCACUGUGAUCAUUUCUGUCAUGACCUUAAUAUUGGUUACAACUGCAGCUGUAGAGAGGGCUAUCAGCUUCAGUCCAAUGGUCGCGUAUGUGAAGCUCCAUCAGUGCCAUGUACGCCAGACCAGUUUGAAUGCGGCUUGACAUCGGUCUGUAUUCCAAAAGACCAGGUGUGUGAUGGCAAUAAUGACUGUCCUAGCGCGGAGGAUGAGCCCGUGCGGUGUAACAUCAACGAAUGUCUUGACCGUAACGGUCACUGUGAUCAUUUCUGUCAUGACCUUAAUAUUGGUUACAACUGCAGCUGUAGAGAAGGCUAUCGGCUUCAGUCCAAUGGUCGCGUAUGUGAAGACAUCAACGAGUGCUUGGAGUAUGGUAAAUGUAGUCAUUUAUGUGAGAACACUAAAGGAAGUCACAAGUGUGUUUGCCAGCCAGGCCAUAUGUUGGAACCAAACCUUAGAACCUGUAGAGCCACAGGUCCUGAACCAUUUCUCAUGUAUUCAUCUGUGGCCAGUGUUCGUAAAAUGACUCUUGAUGGUUCGUCAGCUUACAGUCUUAUCACCAACAGAAAGGGCGUUGUCGGUUUGGACUUUUACUUCAAGACAGGCAAAAUUUUUUGGACGGAUACAAAAGUCAAAAAAAUCUACCGAGCAAGUUUUGAUGGAACAGCAAUUGAAGAUAUCGUAAGUAACGUCGGCUUUCCAGACGCUAUAACAGUCGAUUGGAUUGGACGAAAGAUCUACUGGACUGACAGAACAUUGAAUUUCAUCGAAGUGGCUGAACUUGAUGGCAGUAAUAGAAUGGUCUUGUAUUCUGAUGGACUGGACAAACCUCGUGCCAUUGCUGUAGAUCCAUUUAGAAAGUACGUUUACUGGUCGGACUGGGGUUACAACGCACGUAUCGAACGAGCAAGCAUGGACGGUGCUGCAAGUUCCCGCCAAGUCCUCGUGAACACCAAUAUUGGCUGGGUUAACGGAUUGACUAUUGACUAUAACAUUGAUCGAGUAUUCUGGGUGGACGCAAAAGUCAAGACAAUAGAGUCUAUGUCGCUGGAUGGCUCGGACAGGAGACUGGUAACAAGGAUUCCAUCCCAACAUCCCUUCGCUGUUACAGUGUUUGGCGAUUACCUGUAUUAUACGGACUGGACGAGGAGGGCCCGGUCGAUACGUAAAGUCAAUAAGUUUACUGGCGGGGAGAAGAAAAUCGUAAUAAAUCUGCUGUGGGCUCAUAUGGACAUCAAAGCCGUUCAUCCCACAAGACAACCUAAUGGAAGCAAUCCAUGUGCUCUCAACAAUGGCGGAUGUAGUCAUCUGUGUCUGUUGUCUUCUGUGACUACAACCUACACCUGCAAAUGUCCCACCGGAAUGAACAUGUCAUCCAAUGGCAAGACUUGUAUUGGUAAACCAUUUACUGGCCAACCAACUGCUUCCCCAACAACCUUAACAACUACACAAACAACAACGCAAACAACAACACAAACAACUACACAAACAACAACACAAACAACAACACCUCAAUCCACAACAAAAUCUAACAACAUUGGCAAACCGACCAAAGAAUCUGUAAAACCCACGCAAAAGGGGACUGGAAAUGCUAAAGAAGCUGUGCCAACGACUCAAGAAAAUGCAAUUGCAGCCAAACGAGCAGAUGGCCAUCUUAUUUACGCAUCCAUAUACGGCGUUUAUAAGAUCGCUCUUAAUGGAUCUCUCCUCGAGGAAUUCGGAUUGCUACCCUCUGUAAAUACUAAAGGUCUUGACUUUGAUAUCCAUACGGACACGUUGUUUCUGACGAACUGUAGGUUCAAUACAAUCUGCAAAACAAGCCUAAAUGGGACAGGUCCAGUCGAAGUGAUAGUAGAUGACGUCCUACACGCGAGUGGUAUAGCCGUCGAUUGGAUUGGACGAAAGAUCUACUGGACUAGUGAAGAGAUGAGAUUCAUCGAAGUGGCUGAGCUUGAUGGCAGUAAUAGAAUGGUCUUGUAUUCUGAUGGACUGCGCGAUCCUCGUGCAAUUGCUGUAGAUCCAUUGAGAAAGUACGUUUACUGGUCGGACUGGGGAUACAACGCACGUAUCGAACGAGCAAGCAUGGACGGUGCUGCAGGUUCCCGCCAAGUCCUCGUGAACACCAAUAUUGGCUGGGUGAACGGAUUGACUAUUGACUAUAACAUUGAUCGAGUAUUCUGGGUGGACGCAAAAGUCAAGACAAUAGAGUCUAUGUCGCUGGAUGGCUCGGACAGGAGAUUGGUAGCAAGGAUUCCAUCCCAACAUCUCUUCGCUGUUACAGUGUUUGGCGAUUAUCUGUAUUAUACGGACUGGGCAAAGGGUGGAGGAGUACUUAAAGUCAACAAGUUUACUGGCAAAAAACCUAUGGUUAUAAAAAAGCAGGUGUUUAGACCUAUGGAUAUAAAAAUAUUGCAUCCUUCAAGACAACGUGACGGAAGCAAUCCAUGUGCUCCCAACAAUGGCGGAUGUAGUCAUCUGUGUCUGUUGUCUUCUGUGACUACAACCUAUACCUGCAAAUGUCCAACUGGAAUGAACAUGUCAUCCAAUGGCAAGACUUGCAUUGGUAAACUAUUCACUGGCCAACCAACUGCUUCCCCAACAACCUUAACAACUACACAAACAACAACACAAACAACAACACCUCAAUCAACAACAAAAUCUAACGACAUUGGCGGUAAAGAAAUGAAGGAAUCUCAGACGGAUGAUGGAAAACCAGAAGAUGCUGAUGUUGACAAGGACAGCUCCAUGUUAAAGACCUUUAUUCCAAUCACGGCAGUUGUUGUGAUCAUUGCUUUACUGGCAACACUUCCCAUCACUUUCGGGAGAUAAAUGGUGCAAUCCGUAUUACUCCAUCUUACAAUUACGCUGGGUGACCACAAAUGAUAGUUCCAAGCCGAGGCUGGAGUUGCCGCGCAGGUUAAAAUGUAUAGUUUUGCUACAGCCUCGACUUGGAACUAUUAUUCGUGGUGUCACUGAUCGGAAUGGAGUAUUCCAUGACACUCUCGUUCUUUUAUAUAUCCAGUUGCGUUUGUAUUUGCCUCUAAUAAUCAAAUAAAUGAGAAAUCCCUUUCAUUUUUAUUUGGAAUUCAAGUUUAAAGUAAAUUAAAACAGUACAUCAAUUAUUCACGAUUAAAAAUAUUACUUUUUUA